CUCCACUAUAAAAGUCAUCAAGUUCCCACGCAGCCUAGAAAGAUAAUCUGGGGUAUUUCAGCAGUAGCACACACCACACACCGUAUUACCUCCUACAAACCCCGACAAUGACAUCCCACCCCGGGCCAGACAAUGCCACCGACAUCGCCCCAGCCGAACGCCCCGCCGACCAUGCCGUCGAGGACCUCGCAGCCGUAAAGCGUGACGCCGUGACGAUAGCCAAUGCGAAAAGAGCCACUGAGAACGAACACAACAUGAGCGUUUUGGACUGCGUGAAGCUCUAUCCCAAGGCCAUUGGCUGGAGCGUUGUCAUCUCCACAUGCAUCGUGAUGGAGGCAUACGACGUCAGCCUGCUCUCGAACUUUUACGCCUUUGCGCAGUUCAAUGAGAAAUAUGGUCGAGAGCUCCCCGAUGGGUCGUACCAGGUCUCUGCACCGUGGCAGGCGGCGUUGAGCAAUGGGGUCAAUGUUGGAGAGAUCAUAGGGUUAUUGUUGAACGGGUUGAUCUCCGAGCGUAUCGGGUAUAGGUACACCGUUAUGAUAUUUUUGACCAUGCUUAUCGGGUUUAUUGCAAUAUUCUUCACCGCGCCGAAUGUCAAGGUUCUGCUUGUCGCGGAGAUUUUAUGUGGCAUUCCCUGGGGUGUGUUUCAGACCCUAACGGUGAGCUAUGCCGCAGAGGUAUGCCCCGUCGCGCUGAGAGGGUACCUGACGACAUAUGUGAACUUCUGUUGGGGGCUCGGCCACACUGUUGCACUGGGAGUGAUUCGGGGUAUGCUGCAUCGACACGAUGAGUGGGCAUAUAGAAUCCCGUACGCGUUGCAGUGGAUGUGGCCCGUGCCCCUACUGGUUGCUAUCGCAUUUGCACCGGACUCACCAUGGUGGCUGGUGCGAAAAGGAAGACUCGAGGAGGCAAAGAGAGCACUUCUCCGGCUUACACGGCAAGACCAACGGGAGCGCACAGGGUUCGACGCCGAUGAGACCGUGUCCAUGAUGGUGCACACGAAUGCGCUAGAGAACUCCAUUACUCAGGGCGCGACAUACCUCGAUUGCUUUAGAGGCACAGACCGGCGCCGCACAGAGAUCGUGUGUAUGGUCUGGGCGAUCCAGAAUCUAAGCGGCAAUUCGUUCUCAAAUUACUCGACGUACUUCCUCGAACAAGCGGGCCUAGAUGCGGACAACUCAUACAAUUUUGCUAUCGGCCAGUACGGUAUCAAUAUGGCCGGCGUGCUAGGCGCGUGGUUUCUCAUGUCCCUCGGCGUUGGUCGGCGGACACUAUACCUCUUCGGCCUAUGCGGUCUCUUCACCAUGCUCCUGAUAAUGGGAUUCCUGGGCCUUGUGCCAGACACACACAAGCGCGAGGCAUCUCUCGCUACAGGCAGUUUUAUGCUAGGCUGGGCAGCCUGCUACCAACUCUCUGUGGGCACGGUUUGCUACUCACUAGUAGCAGAGCUCCCAACACGCAGACUGCAAAUAAAAACGGUGGUUUUAGGUCGAGCACUCUUCAUCACGGUCAAUAUCGUCUGCAGUGUACUCACGCCAUACAUGCUAAAUCCGACAGCGUGGAACUGGCGCAAUUUUGCAGGGUUUUUCUGGGCUGCGAGCUGUGGGUUGUGCAUUGUGUACGUGUUCUUCAGAGUGCCGGAGCCGUCAGGGAGGACCUUUGCCGAGCUGGAUGUUUUGUUUGAGCGAGGGGUUAGUGCAAGGAAGUUUGCAGCUACUGAGGUGGAUGUUUUUGGUGAUGGAAAUGAGAGGCGUGGGGAAGAUAUAGGUCACGAUGGGGAGAAGGAGGAAGUUGUUCACGAAGAGUUGAUCGCGGCUUGA